GCGCAUGGUGACUGGCGGCCGGGCAGUGUGGAGGAGAGAAGAAGAUUAUAGAUUAAUAGAAUGUUGCUUUUAAGUCAAGAGGCGCGAGAAGAGAUGGGAUGCAAGACAAGGGGCGAUGGUUGUUGAGAUAGAGACGAGAGAGGAGUUGGCGUGGCGGUGUUGGCGGAGUUGGGUCGGUGAUGCGCCAGGCCGAGAGACGACGGGUGCCACGUUGCAGCGCGUUCUGUCUCUCUGUCUGUCUGUCUCUCGCUUUCCUCGAUUAAUCAGGUCAAGAUCAGACCAACACAACCCAACGAGGCGACGGGGGGGGGUUGGGCGCGGUUGUCUGGCUGCUGGCGACGAUAAUCACAACGCAAUUGACAGCGGGAAUACGGAGUACGCGGGAUUGAAUGGAAUAACGGCCUUGGUCAGGAACCCAAGAAAAAAAAAAAAAAGAAAAAAAAGAAAACGAACAAGAAAAAGGGAUGGCUGGGGGGGUUUAGACUAAGAAGAGGUUGCAGCACCGGGAGCAGUUGGGGAGAGGACCCCGUGACCUGACCUGGAGCUUGCUUAUGUAACUUAACUAGCUUGCGCCUCCAAACCUGGAGAGACAUCCGUGGAUGAGGUCAUCGAUCGUUGUCUGUUGUACAGACCAUGCUAUAUUCUCUCCCGCUGAUGAGUGCGGUGGUGCUUUAAUUUUUCUAGUGAUUCUAAAUAUCCCAUGGAAUUCUUCAGUUCCUUUGGAGCAAUAUAAUAAUAAAUUGGUCGGGAUUGUAACUCUAAAAAGCCAAAUCCGUUCCUGUCCCCUUGAACUCCUCCUCCACUUAAGCAGGCUAACCCUAACCCAGGACGCUGGCUUCGGCCCAGCCCGUCCAGUCCUGGGCGAAAAUACAGCUUGCAACGCCAGGGGGGGGGAAAUAUACCGAUUCGGAACAACACUCAUUUUAUAGAAUGAGAAAGGUAAGGACCAAAGCAUUUGUACUGGUUUCGGAAGAUGUUACUGCCCUAAAUAAACAGCACAACCUUCACAAGCUUCGGAAUAUCAGUAUCCUUCAGGUAACCGACCCUUCAUCGCAAAUAUAGAAAGAAUACUUUAUUUCCAGAACCCUAAAACGCAUUGAGAAUCAACAUUAAAUCUAGCUGCCUCGUUGUCAAGGAGAGAAGCCAGGCGGGGAAAACAGCCAGAUCCUCUUAUACUCAUACAAUAUCUCCCCUCCCUCCCCUCCCCCCCUCCCCCCCAGCAGCAGUGCAGAAAAAGAGCCAAGUCGAUUUCCCCGGACCCGUUAUCUAGCAAUCAAAAAUUCCAAACGGGCCCGGUUGAUCGCUUCUCCCUCUUUGCUCCACGUCACCAUUUGAUGUGCAUGAAUGCAUCCAUGCAUGCGGGCGGGCAGGCGGCUAUCCCUGACGCUAUGAUCUCAGCUCCAUAUUACUCUGUACUUACGAUUAUGGAACAUCACGGCGGGGGCGGGGGGAAGGGAGGGCUGGCGGGGACGAGGGACUCGGAGGGAGCACGGAGAUCAUGUGUGCAGAAUGAUUUGCGGGGUUUUUUUUUUUUUUUUCCUUGUCAAGUCAGAACUCCGUGGCAGUGGUAUGUAUGUACAUGUACAUGUAAUUUGGAACAUGUUAUGAAUCCGAUGAACGAACUAUUUAGCUAUUUGGCUAUUUGGCUGGGUGGCAGGAUGGCAGACAGGCCAUAAGAGGCUGGUCUGGACCAUGCAGCAUCUGUUUCAGAAAUGGAUGUCUAUCAAGUAGUUACACCAAAAAUAAUGUUAUUUCUGGGGUGAGGAACCCCGCCCGAUUGAGCAGCAUAAAAAUACUUCAUCUACUAUGAGGGGAUGUGAGCGGACCAGAAUCUUCAAUGAGAGCUACUUACUUACUAUCUCUGGGUGACAGCUGAAAAGGAAAUACGUAUGGCUCCACCGCCUUUCAUCAGUUCAGUUCGCUCCCAGCGUAACUAGUUAGUUAACUUACCCCCACCAAAACAAACGUCCAACUGUUAGCCUCAUCCAUCCGCCGCCAGCUCUGUCUCGUCUCUCUCCUCUCUCUUCUUCUCUUCUCUUUCUCCAUUUCCUCUUCCUCUUCUCUCUUCCUCUCUUUCUUUCCCUGUCUCUUCUCUUCUCCAGUUCUCCUCAUACUUCUGGCUCAAGAUACCAAUAUCCCAAAGUUCCUCCACACCAGAGACGCAAUCCAUACGCACAGACACUCAUCAACCCCGCUCACCAAAACUCCCCCCCGCACCUCGAAAAUAAACACAAGCAGUCGAACGAAAAUGUCCAACGAACACGAUGAUGAUUUGGCAGCAAGCAAAACUGCCGGCUUCAAGGUUGGUGAGAAGAAGACUCUCGAGGAGUACCAGCAGCUAGACGCAAACGACGAAUCCCUCAACCGCUGGAAAGCGUCUCUAGGCCUGGGUACAGGUACCUCGAUAUCCGACCCCAACGACCCCCGCAAAUGCAUCAUCAAAUCCCUCGCGCUCGAAGUCGAGGGCCGCGACGACAUCACCAUCGAUCUCUCCGCCGAGGGCUCCGUUGAUAAGCUCAAGGACAAACCCUUCACCAUAAAAGAAGGUUGCCGCUUCCGGAUGAAAGCCACGUUCGUCGUGCAGCAUGAGGUGCUUAGCGGGUUGAAGUAUAUUCAGGUUGUGAAGCGGAGGGGGGUACGGAUUAGUAAGGAUGAGGAGAUGCUGGGGAGCUACCCACCAAACACCACCGAUAAACCGCUGUAUGAAAAGAAAUUCCAUCCCGAAGAGGCUCCGAGCAACUUUGUUGCUCGAGGACAUUAUACCGCACUCUCGAGAUUCGUAGACGACGAUGACACCACCCAUCUCAAGUUCGAGUGGUCUUUCAACAUCGCCAAGGAUUGGUAGAUAGAUUGACAAGAAUCCCCCCGAACAAAACAAAAUUCGAAUCUGCAUUUUUUUUCUCCGUUCCCAAUUUGCUCUUCCUUGUGUUGUUCCUUUUUCCUUCUUCUCUUUUUGCUCUAAUGCUCAGAACGAAUUUCCUUUUUAUACUAUUUUGGUUUUGGUUUUUUUCUUUUUUUGUUCCCCGUUUCUGCUCUGGUGGUUCCCAGGGCAGGACGUAAGUUAAUAUAAACAUAAAUCCGUGCCCGUUCUGCAUGAAUGCCAUAUUAGAGGUGGUGAUAACUUUCUCCUCUCUUGCUUUCCUGCCUGUGACUCCCUCUUUUCGCAGCCCAUCCAUCUCUUUCUAUAUCAGUUACAAAACCAAAACGCCCAACUUAUGCUUAAAAAAUAGCUCGGAAGAUUUAUUUUAUAAGAGAAGUGGAGGGAUAAGAAGAACGAAAGGGGAAAAAAAAAAUCAAUGAAAUAAAACAUGACGAAAAAAAAAGGAAAAUACACCCAAAGGGUAUCAUAGAAAAUAUUCAAUUACAGGAUUAUGUCCAUCCUUACCCUGCUGCUGCGCCUGCUGCUCCCCACGUACAUCGUUAUUCUCAGGUGCUGCAUCGAAGAUAUUAAAAUACCGCUCCCCA